CCCAUGGCAGCUGAAGCAGCUCCCCUAGACCUGUCUCUCACGCUGGCCCCCAUAUCUCCUUGGGCUGUUCUUCCUUCUGGCGGCCGUAGCCGCCACAGAGGGGGCGUGAGAACCAGACUCUUCUCUUGCCUCUUCUGCGAGAGGAAGUUCCUCAAGUCUCAGGCGCUUGGGGGCCAUCAGAACGCGCACAGGAAGGAGAGGGUCGUCGGCAGCUGGAACGCCCACCUCUACCUCCCUGACCAUCCUCGACUCCCGGUGCCGGACACCGCGAUGGGGUACCUUGUCCUUGAUGAUGAUGACGAAGAUGACAAGCACCAGAAGCUUGAUCUUAGCCUCAAGCUUUAAUUAGCUCUAGCUCGUGUGCAUGCUGCACAGUACGUACGGGGGCUAAGCUAACUCCAUUGGCCAUUGCUAUACAGUACGUACACUGCUAGUUUUGUGUAAUG